ACCUGUACUUAUAGCAUACCAUCGUCCGGGAAAAGGGACAUCUGGUGCAACUCCAAAGCCAAUUCAAUCCUUUGUCUGAGACGUCUAAACCAUUCAAAAAUGACAGGAAAGAAAGUCUUCUACAUCGGCCCCGGCUUCAUCGGCUGGAACGUCGUCGAGCUUCUCGUGAACGAGGGGUACGACGUGACGGCCAUGGUGCGCCGCAAAGAACACUCUCUCCAGAUCGAGAACACGGGCGCCAAAACCGUGUUCGGCGACCUCCACGACAAAGACGUGAUAACGAACGAGACCGCCAAAGCCGACAUCGUCAUCCACACGGCCACAGCCGACGACCCCGUGUCCGUCGAGGCCGUCCUGGCCGGGAUCUCGCGCCGCGCCGCCGCCAACGCGCACACCAUCUACAUGCACACGUCCGGGACCUCGGUCAUCAGCGCGCCGACCCCCGACCGCAUCUACGCCGACAGCGACCGCGCCGCCAUCGACGCCCUCGCGGACGACGCGCCCCACCGCGCCAUCGACCUGAGCAUUGUCCGCAAGGCCGCCGAGCUCGGCUCCAACGCCAAAUGCGCCAUCAUGAUGCCGCCCGACAUCUACGGCUUCAACCCCGUGCACGGCCGGCUGUCGAUCCAGCUGCCCACGCUGGCGCGCUUCGCCCUCGUCCAUGGCUACGCCGGCCAUGUCAAGAAGGGCGCGGGCGUCUGGUCCGCCGUGCACGUGCGCGAUCUCGCGCGCGGCUAUCUCGUGCUUCUGCACGCGCUGGAGCAGAAGCCCGCAGAGUGGGUGUUGGAGAACCCGUAUUUCUUCUGCGAGAACGGCAGCGAGUUCUCCUGGAAAGAGGCGAGCGAGCGCAUUUCGGCGGCGCUGCUGAGCGCGGGCCGCAUCGCUGUCAGCCAGGUUAGGGAGAUUGGCGAGAGCGAGUAUGGCGAGCUGUUUGGGCCGGCGACCGAGGUCGUGCUCUGGUCGAACUCGCGGAGUCGUGCUGUUAGGCUUAGGGAGCUGGGCUGGGAACCGCGAGAGAAGGGCGUUUUUGAGAGUUUGGUGCAGGAUGAACUGCCGGAGAUUUUGAGGGAUUGGGAUGCUAGGACUGCGGAUCAGAAGACUAGUGCGUAUGCGGCGAGGGUGGCUUAGGUGCUGCUUUACGCUUUACUUUGAUGUGAAUGAUAUGGCGUGGUCCUCGGAGGUUUGCGAGGCUACGAUAUAUUCCCAGCCGUGAGUAUGGAUGCCAUGUUUUUUUUAGCCUGCUUAUAAGGUUGAUAAGAACUAGAAGGAGGAAUCAUAGAUAUAAUUUGGUACUAUAGU